GACCUGGUUGGACCCCUCUGCCGCCCGCCCCUCCCCCCACUUCCUGCGGGCCGUGCGCUCCCUCCCCCCCCGUUUCGGCCCCGCGUCGGCCCCCGAGUACCUGGAGCUGCUCUCGGCCUACGGGACCCACUUCGUGUGGGGGGCGCGGUUGGGGGGCCGCCUGCGGGCGCUGACGUCGGUCCGGCUGUGCCGUGCGGCCAUGGCGGGGGUCAGCGCCCGCGAGGCCUCCGACUGCCUGGGGGUGGAGGUGGCGGCCGGGGGUGGGGCCUGGAGGGCAGGUGCCAAGGCCGAGGCCUGCCGGAGGGCGCGGGAGGGCACCGAGGGCAACGUCAGCUUCAACGAGUUCUUCGGGGAGCGGCUCGUCGAGGUCGACGGCGGUGGCGGCCAAGGGGCCCAAGGUGGUCUUUUCCAAGAUGGUGGCGGGUUCCAAGAUGGCGGCUUCCAAGAUGACGGAAUCCAAGAUGGCGGCUUCCAAGAUGGUAGAAUUCAACAUGGUGGAAUCCAAGAUGGCGGCUUCCAAGAUGGUAGAAUUCAACAUGGCGGAAUCCAAGAUGGCGGAAUCCAAGAUGGUGGUUUCCAAGAUGGCAGUUUCCAAGAUGGCGGCGGGUUCCAAGCCGGGGACCUGCUGUAUGGGCGCCCCGAGGCGCUUCGGCGCUGGCUGGCGGAGCUGCCGGGGGCGCCGGCGCUGGUGGAGGCCGACCUGCGGCCCCUGCACACGCUGGUGCCGCGCUCCGACCCCCGGCGCCGGGCCCUGAGGGCGGCCAUCGCCGCCUACGUGGCCGCGCGUUCCCUCCAGGGCAACUGCAGCUGCGACGGGACCGGCGGCCAACGGGGCCCACCCGGCGCUCAACGGGGUGGUCUUGGUGGUCAACAUGUUGGUCUUGGUGGUCAACGUGUUGGUCUUGGUGGUCAACCCGGCGGUCGUCGAGUUGGUCACGGUAGUGGUCAACCUGGUGGGCUUGGUGGUCAGUGGGGUCAACGUGCUGGUCGUGGUGGUCAACCCCAUGGUCAUCAUGGUGGCCAACCCAAUGGCCAACUCAAUGAUGAACUCAGGAAUCAACCCAAUGACCAACUCAACGACCAACUCAACAAUCAACUCAAGGAUCAACCCAAUGAUCAACUCAAGGAUCAACCCAACGAUCAACUCUACAACCAACCCAACAAUCAACCCAACGGUCAACUCAACGGUCAACCCAAUGACCACCCCGAUGACCAACCCAAUGAUCAACCCAACGAUCAACCCUACGACCAACUCAACGAUCAACUCAAGAUUCAACUCAAGAAUCAACCCAACGACCAACCCAAGAACCAACUCUACGAUGAACCCAACGACCAACCCAAUGCCCCCCCCGCCCCGCCGCCCCUCCCCCGCCACCCCUGCCACUGCCCCUGCUCCUCCCGGCCCCUCCCCCUGGGCGGGUCCCCGUGCUGCCCCGCCCGCCGCGGCUCCGCCCACCUCUCCGUGCUCGUCCUGGGCGGGCGGGGCUGGCGCGGGGACGUCCUGUCGGCCACCGACGCCUACGUCUGGGCCUCCUACGGGGGCCGGCGCGCCCGCACCCCCACGGCCUGGAACGACCCCCGCCCGCGCUGGGGGGCCCGGCUGGACCUGGGGGAGGUGGUUUUGGGGCCGGGGGCGGAGCUGGAGCUGCGGGUUUGGGACGAGGAUCACGGGUGGGACGACGACGAGCUGGGG